CCUUCAACUGGCGUGUCGCAGCCAGACUGAUAGUCCAAUCAUCAAUCAAAAAUCGGCAUGACCUGAGAAGGGGAGUCGACAGCUGAGUGGUGGUCGUGGUGGUUGUAAUAUUUGGCUGGCUGUGUACAGACUACUCUGUAUUGUAUGUACAUUACCGUACAGACAUACUUGGGAGAUAUACGGAUAGACAAACACCACCACCACCACCACAACAAUAACAACAGUCGCAGUUCUAGAUCUCCGGCUCCGAGAAACAAGCAAGGGACGGUGAAAAGUGAAAACUCUGCCGGUGGAGACCUGGGCUGUGGGUGGAGUGCAGAAAAAGUGUUAAUUUGUAUUUAGCUCUGAUAGUGCUCUGUGCUCUGUGAGCUGUGCCGUGUUC